AUGAUCCUAAAACGAGCACUGAAAAAGGUAAUAGUAGCAGGAGCUGCUGGACUGGCUUAUCUGCACAUAGCGAGCUGUGAACUGGAUAAAGACAAUAUGAAAAACAUAUAUAUCUACUGGAAAAAUAGAUUAUCCUAUUUUGAAAAAGAAAUUGUCCCACGCAUUGGACUCUUUGCAAACUUCAGAGCUUCUAACUCUGAGGCUCUGGCACUGAACUCGGACAAUCUCUUCGAGAAAAGUGCCGAGAUGGAAAAGGGAAUAUGCGCUAUGGCGCAAGAGCUUGAGACCCUUAAGAAGGAGUCUAGCCAAAUUAUAGAGCUUUCUAGCUCAAUAUUCAAGCUAUACAAAGAUGUUAACAAUAGGGGCUCCACCCUUGACAAGGCCCAAAAAGAAACACUUGAGGCUAGAAUCAAAGACGGCUCAAAGAGACUGACUGAGAUAAUCAUACCCUCUCUUGACAUCAGCACUUCGCUAACCAAGAAAAUAAACAACUACGACUUUCACAUGGUAGAGGUAAUAGAAGAGCGCAGCGGAGUAGAGAAGAGCAGUCUCGACAGGCUAGCUCUCUUCAAGCUGGCAAAGAGCAAUAAAAUCCUGGCUGCUAAUAUAAUAUAUGCUCUAUCCAGCAUAAGCCUAUCUCAGCUAGAGAGCGAUGCCGUAGAGGAAAAGCUAGUCACUUUAAUACACGAAAAAAUCGCAUCAGAUUUUGUUCCAAAGAGCAAUGUGGAGCUUUUCGUAAGAGCUGUAAAGAAGGAUGUGGUAAAAUAUAAAAAUAACCUAUACAUUUCAGCAGAUACAAAUUUCGGUCUGCUAUUCAACAUACAUCCAAUGGAGACAUCUGACGUGCCCUUGAUAGACAGCGAAAUAAUGAAUGUUUACAUUAGCCUACUCAAAGAGAACCUUUCUGAAGAAGAAGUAAGCCAGUAUGCAGGCAUUACAUCUCUACACGUUCUAAAGCUGAUGGUGAUCGAAUAUAUAAUGAGCGGGCGCCUUAUGGACUACAAGAGCAACACUGUACUCCGCAAUCUAAGAAAGGCCAUAGAAAAUGAAUUUGACCCAGUAAAAUACAAAAUCAAUAGUGAAGUAAUGUUUGGUAGAUUUCAAGACCUAAAACAAGAUGAAAUACUUAAUAUUUUAACCUAUGUAUGGGGUGGUUAUACAGGCAACCCCCGUUUAGAGAAUAUAAUUGAAAAAGUAUGCAAACGUAUUGGUAUUAAGCGUAAUAACUUUACAGUAAUACAGCGUAGCUUUAAGUAUGCUAACUGGAUGUAUGAUGCUGCUAUGGCACCACUAGCCGGCUCGGAUGGCCAGUAUUCAGACAGUUUGGGAGUGCCAUUUGACAUGUCGUAUACGCAUCCUCUGUGGUAUGUAUGCAUGCGCUACAAGC